AUGUGCUCUGGAAAUGAUUUUAUUCAAGAGAUAUUACGAGGAAAUGAGACUCCUUGUUAUGAAAAUUUCCGAAUGAAGAAGGCGGUGUUCAUUGAUCUAUCCAAUGGCCUAACUGAUAAAUAUGGGCUUAAACCCACUCGUGGAAUGUCUAUACAUGAAAUGUUAGGCAUAUUCUUGAUGACUUGUGCACAUGGAGAUUGUAGUGGAGCAAUUGAUGGCACACAUGUUAAAGCUAGAUUACCGCAAGGUCAAGAGAUACCAUAUAUUGGACGUAAAGGUUAUCCGACUCAGAAUAUUCUCGCCGUUGUUGAUUUUAAUAUGUGUUUUACAUUUGCAUGGGUUGGGUGGGAAGGAGAAGCUCACGAUAGUCGUAUAUUUGUUGAGGCCCUUCGUAGAGAAGAGCUUAACUUUCCACAUCCACGGGGAAACAAAUAUUAUCUAGUUGAUGCAGGAUAUUCACACAUGAAAGGAUACAUGGCUCCAUACAAAAGAAAUAAUGUAAGAUAUCACCUAGCUGAAUUUCACCGCGAUGCAACUCGACAAUUGCGAGAGCCAAGAGGACGCAUUGAGAAAUUUAACUAUUUACAUUCUUCUUGUAGAAAUGUAGUAGAGCGCACAUUUGGCGUUUGGAAAGCAAGAUGGUCUAUUUUGAGAGACAUGCCAUACUAUCACAUUGACACACAAAGGGACAUCGUACUUGCUACUAUGGCCAUUCACAAUUAUAUUAGAAAGAAAUGCAAUGUGGAUGAUGCAUUCCAAACAGCUGAGAAUGAGAACUAUAUUCCAUCUGUUGAUUCUAAAGAUAUUGGCACAACUUCAAGAGCUAACAAUGUAGAUGUCGAAGAUGUAGGAGAACAAAAUGAUUUCUAUUGGAUGGGGUUUCGUGAUAUGAUUGCUACUGACAUUUCUAAUGCUUGA